AUGACCCACACAGGACGCAUCCGAGUCCAAGGCUGCGAUUUCAAAGACAGUGAGGAGGAAAAUGUCUUUAUCCUCUUCCUACCACUGUACUUACGCUCACCCAUAUCACUCACAGCAAACAACAGGUACUUGGUUAUGAUGGGAAACUAUCAAGCUUUUGCGCUUGAUUGGGCUAACCGAUCCUCGCUGGAGUACGGCGUAUGGCAAGGGGAUCCGCUGAAGCCAGAUGUGACGAUUCGAAAGUACAUUUUUGAGACGGCUUAUGCUGAGACCAAGUCGUCUAAGGACAAGCGAAGCCUACAUUUAUUUCUCGAAGACCAAUGGAGCCUAAUGAGGUUUGCCAAGGACACGAUUGACGAGAACCUACGUGAUGAACGGGUUGUGAUGGAGAUCCCUUGUCUGCAAGUGUUUGAUAGAUAUGUAGUUACCCGCUACAGUCUCGUUAUCGCCGUCAGAGGUCAUGAUUUGAGUGGUCGUGGACAUGUUCAGCCCGUUGGCAUUGCCAAAGACCCCAGGAAGGCAUAA